AUGGCCGACGCAAAGGUCGCUCCGAACAAACUUGCUAUGUCUCGUGCCCUCGGUGCUGCUUUCCUGAAUCACCAAGUCGAGCAACUCGAGAAAACUGUUCACACUGGCGGUAAUUGGCGCGGCCGUCGGAGCCCCGAGACAUGGCGCGGCGAGACGAAGCGCACCGUCUCCGGACCGGGCCCAAAGAUCAUGAGAAGGCGCAAUGACGAUGGAGAAGACAGGCCGAGGGCCGAGAGCGAGACGGCGGUGCGAGAGGAUAGGCGGAGCGAGGAGCGCAAGGUUCAGAAGGAUGCAGAUGUGGUCGUUGUCGACGCUACCGUGCUCGUCCACGGCCUCUACCACAUCAAGAAAUGGUGCAGGGAGGGUCGGGAGGAGGUCAUCAUAAUCCCCCUCGAGGCUCUGAACACUCUCGAUCUCCUCAAGAAGGGAACUACAGUACUCGCCCAACGUGCCCGCGCCGCGUCGCGCAUCUUGGAGGCACAGGUUGGAACGAACCCGCGCAUCCGAGUGCAGCAGGACGACGCAUUUGUCCCCUGGGAUAACAUCCCGUUCGACGACCAACCCGGGUCCGCCCUGAACACUGCCCCGGAGUGGGUCCGGCGCACGAUCUGUUGCGCUCGCUGGGAGGUCGACCACGCAGGCGAAGCGCAGAAGGACGGGAAGCCCUCGAAGCUCCGCGUCGUUCUCGCCGUGGUUUCCCCACCCGCCGAUGGACCUGCUGAAUCUGCAAACUCUGCUCCCGUAUCUGCGUCCCCUGUCCCCCUUCCUGCGCCCCAACCGAACAAAUACGAAUCACGCCUUUCCGGCGCAUUGGUUGGUCGCUGGGCCUCGAAGGCGGGCGUGGAGGUGCUCGAGGUUACCUCUGCACCGCCCUCGUCCCAAUCCGGCAAUGCUCCGACAGAUGCUCCUCUCAAGGCUCGGCGUUCGGCAGAGGGCCGACGCUCUGCAGAGGACGAGCGGGCAAAGCGCGCGCAGAGCCAUGGACAGUCUGGACGAGGGCGGCGCAAUUCGCGCGGUACUACGCCAGGGGCUAGGCCUCCGCCCGCGACGGGAACGGGCCUGGUCGAACGUCCACCGGCCGUCAUGGCCAUGAUGGAAAUGGUCGCGCAGCCCAGCCGUGUCGUUCGCGUCCUCGCGCGCGGUGAGAAACUCGACCCGUAG